UGGGAGGAAAAAUGGGGGAAUUUUAAUGACGGAGCAGGGGGUAGGAUCUAAGGUAGGACUGGUGGCACCUCCAUAUAACCAUGAAGAGUUCAGGGAGCUGCAGCAGCUCUCACUGAUGCUGUGAGUUGCCUGUUCUCAGCACAUCGAGGGGUGCAGAUGUGCUCCCACACAUCCCCUGCGCUGGGGACAGCCCGGGCUCUAAAGCCACAUCCCUCAUGCCCUCAGUCCCGGCUGUAAUUCGCACCUAACGCCCCUUUGCUGCUGCCCGGGGGACAGCGCUGGGCUGGAAGGCACGGAUCAGCCUUUCCCACGGCACCACGAAGGGCUCACAAACAGAGGGAGCUCUUUCCGACCGCUCCGUUCCACACACCCUCCCCGUUUCCGUGUCCGCCCCAGCUCCCGUGAAACACGGGUGGGCUCCACUGCACCCGGAGCCGGGGGCUUGGCAGGGACCAGCACGGCCCGGCCGAGCUGUCCUUCUAGGGGUCCAGCACCGGGAUCCCCAGGAAGGCUCGGGGGGGCUGCAGAUGGGGGUGCCGGGCUGCUCGCCCUGCUGGCCACCGCCGCCGGCAGCGCCACGGGUGACUCAGGGUGACCGACGUGACAACGCCCGCUCGCCAGCUCGCCCCGUGUCCCUGAGUCACCGGCCACAGCCUCUGACAAGCUGUCCCCGUGCGUCACGGCCCCCUGGCCGUGUCACCCCACACCGCAAAUGUCCGGCAGCACCCCGAGCACGCCGCCACCAGGAACCCCAAAAGCGCCCGGCCAGCGGCGAUCCUCGGGGACCCCGGGGGCUCCCCCGCCCGCCCCAAGGUACCCUCACCCCUCCGGGACCGUCCCCACACGGGCGAAAUGGAAACAACCCCCGAAGUUUCCACGCGAGCUGCGGUGGCCGGGGUCCGGAGCUGGCACUGGGUGGGACCCCCGCCCCGGUUCCUCCGGUGUCCCCAGCACCCUCCUGUGUCCCCACACCCCCCCGGAUCCUCCGGUGUCCCCAGCGCCCUCCUGGCCGCUGUCGGCGCAGUGCGAAGGGGGUGAAGCGGCUUGGCUUCAUCACCCAAAUCUUUUCGUUUGCUCGGCGAAAAGUCCGGUUUCUCACGCAAAAAUACAGAAAGCCCAGGCGGGGCUGCGCUGUGCCGCUCGUCCCGCCGCUCCUCCGGCGCGACAUCCGCAGCGGCACAAAGAGGGGUGGCCCGGGGGCCGCCCUGUCCCGGCACCGCCCGGCCCGGGUCCCCCCGGCCGCGGGGGAGGGUCGGGCGGGCGAGGGGAGGGGAAGGCGAGGAGGGGAGGGCAAAGGAGAGGAGGGCCGGGCCGGCGGCCGCUGCUCGCCGAGCCGGAGCUCGUUUCCUGCUCGCUAUCGCCCGGCAGCGCCCAGCUCCGGUCCCUCCCCGCGCCCCGGUCCGUGCCUCAGUUUCCCCUUCCGAGGGGCUGUGGAGGUACCCGCUGCAUGGAGGAAACCACUGACUGCAGCCACAGCCCUGAGGCCACCGUGCCAGGGUGACACCGUGCCUCUCUGGGGGCAGUGCCAGGGUGGCACCGUGCCUCUCUGGGGGCAGCAUCCGGGGACAGUUCCAUCACUGCUGCCACAAAGUGCCAGUUUCAGCAGCACCUGCAGCUGGGAAAGCUGGCACUGGGACGCCAGGUCUGGCCCCUGGGUGACACGGGAUGAGUGUGCCAGCUGACGAGGCGGGCAACCCGGCCCAUGCCAUCUUUGAGAGGUUCCUGCGUGCCGGGGAGUGCCGGGAGGUGCUGGGCUGCUUCCUGGAGCUGUGCCAGCAGCUGGGGCUGCAGGGCAGUGGGCUACAGCUCUACCACGGCCUCAAGGCUGCCCUCAACUACUGGAAUGCCAAGGCCCUGUGGAGCAAGCUGGAUAAGAAAGCUGGGCACAAGGACUACGAGCAGGGCACAGCCUGUGCUGGCACCAAGUGCCUGGUGGUGGGCGCUGGCCCCUGCGGGCUGCGGGCUGCCAUCGAGCUGGCGCUGCUGGGUGCCCGCGUGGUGCUGCUGGAGAAGCGCGACUCCUUCUCGCGCAACAACGUCCUGCACCUCUGGCCCUUCACCAUCCACGACCUGCGCGCGCUGGGCGCCAAGAAGUUCUACGGGCGCUUCUGCACCGGCACGCUGGACCACAUCAGUAUCCGGCAGCUGCAGCUGAUCCUGCUGAAGGUGGCUUUGCUCCUGGGCGUGGAGGUGCACAUCAAUGUGCGGUUCGAGGGGCUCGUUCCCCCCACGGGCAAGGCAGGUGGCUGGCAGGCUGUGCUGCAGCCCAGCUCCUCUCCCCUCACCCACUACGAGUUCGACGUCCUCAUCUCAGCUGGCGGUGGCAAAUUCGUCCCUGAAGGGUUCAAGCGGAAGGAGACGCGUGGGAAGUUGGCCAUUGGCAUCACCACCAACUUCAUCAACCGCCACAGCCGGGCCGAGGUGGAGGUGGCUGAGAUCAGCGGCGUGGCCCGCAUCUACAACCAGAAGUUCUUCCAGAACCUCUACAACAAAACGGGCAUUGACCUGGAAAACAUCGUGUACUACAAGGAUGACACUCACUACUUCGUCAUGACGGCCAAGAAGCAGAGCCUGCUCAAGAAGGGGGUCAUCCUCCAGGACAAAGCGGACAUCGAGAGCCUCCUGGCCCCGGACAACGUGAACCGGGAUGCCCUCCUUAGCUAUGCCAAAGAAGCUGCCAACUUCUCCACCAACUACUGCCUGCCCGAGCUGGAGUUUGCCCUCAACCACCGGGAGCUGCCGGAUGUCGACAUGUUCGACUUCACCUGCAUGACGCGCUCGGAGAACGCGGCGCUGGUGCGGGAGCACAACGGGAGCCGUGUGCUCCUGGGGCUGGUGGGCGACUGCCUGGUGGAGCCCUUCUGGCCGCUGGGCACCGGGGUGGCCAGGGGCUUCCUGGCUGCCUUCGAUGCAGCGUGGAUGGUGCGGCGGUGGGCGGCCGGGACGCCCCCGCUGGAGGUGCUGGCUGAGAGGGAGAGCAUCUACCAGCGCCUCUCGCAGACGUCCCCGGACAACACCAACAAGAACAUCAGCCAGUACAGCAUCGACCCGGCCACGCGCUACCCCAACAUCAACCUGCAGGCCAUCAAAGCCAGCCAGGUCAAGGACCUCUACCUCGUGGGCAUGGUGGAGGUGGACCACAAGAGGAAGAGUGACAAUCGGCUCAGCACAGUGGCCCCUGGAGCUGUCUGUGAAGAGCUGCUGAGCUGGUGCCAGGCCAGCACGGCUGGAUACCCUGGCGUGGCCGUGACCAACUUCAGCACCUCCUGGACCAGCGGCUUGGCCCUCUGUGCCCUCAUCCACCGCUUCCGCCCCGACCUGCUGGACUUUGACUCCGUGGACCCCCAGGAUGCCGUUCAGACCCACCAGAUGUUGCUGGACAUAGCAGAGCAGGAGCUGGGCAUCCAGCCUGUCCUCUCCAGUGCUGAGAUGGCCAGCUUGACAGAGCCCGACCGCCUGGACCUCAUCACCUACCUCAGCCACUUCUAUCAAAUUUUUGGGACCUCUCCAGAGGUGGAGGUCAGCAAGAAGCCACUGUCUCCCCCUGGCACACGAGGAGCCAUCCUCUUCCUCAGCAAGCUGCAGAAGAGCCGGAACCUGGCACACAAACGUGCCCAGGACGGUGCCCAGAAGGACAGCGAGGCCAAGAGGAGCCGCAGGGACGCUGAGCUGGACACGGGGCUGGAUGGAGACACUCUGGACAGUGCCCACGAGCCGCCACAAGCCACCGUGAUGGACCCAGGGCAGCCUCCGAGGGACAGGACGGGGGAGAACAGCGACGCCUGCUACUUCUGCGGGCGCCGUGUGUACAUCGUGGAGCGGGCCAGCGCCGAGGGACGCUUCUUCCACCGCGGCUGCUUCCAGUGCCGGCGCUGCGGGGCCACGCUGCGCCUGGGCGACUACGCCUUCCACGAGGAGGAUGGUCAUUUUUACUGCUCGCUGCACUACCCCAAUGCACCCAGCAUGGACCUGCCCCGGGAUGAGGCUCCAGCGCUGCCUGAUGGGGUAAAGCACCCCAAAGCCCUGGAGGAUGCUGGUGCUGCUGCCCACCCGCCUGGCAGGUCGUGUGUGUCCCCCAUGGAGUGGGCACCCAGUUUGCUUCAGCCCACCCCAGCAGCCCCACAGGCAGGGGAAGAGCCUGGGGACCUUGAGGACACCGCGGAUACUGGUGACACGGAGGAGCAGGAGCUGCUGGCACAGCCUGGGGGGGGUGUGAGGGAAGAGGAGGUUCCCAGAGCAGAGCCCCGAGGGACAGCAGAGGAGGGUGAGGAGAGUGGGGGCAGGAGGAAGAUCGUCCUUACACCGCUGGAGAAGCUCAGCCUGUCCACGCUGAACCUCACCAGUGAAGCUGAGCCUGAGCCUCCACUGAAGCCAGCUCGUCUGAGGCUCCCAGCAGCACCUGAGGCCCUCCCUGCCCUGCGGCAGGGACAAGGCGCCUGGGAGGAGGAGGAGGAGGAGGAGAAAAUUGACAUGGAGAAAGAUUUGGAGGACAGUGACAGCGAGGAGGGGGAGGAAGAGGAGGAGAAAGAGGAGGAGGAGGACACAGGCCUUGGCAUCAUGAAAGAGUUGUACCCAGACCCCAGGGAAGAGGAGAAAUUCCCCACCUGGAAGCGCACACUGGCCCGCCGGGCCAGGGAAUCCCAGAUGAAGAGGUUCUGCAAAGCCCAGGCCAUCCAGAGGCGGCUGGAGGAGAUCGAGGUGACAUUCCGGGAGCUGGAGCAGCAGGGCAUCAAGCUGGAGAAGCUACUCCGGGAUGAGAAUGAGAGCCUGGCUGACCAGCAGACACAGUGGACAAACCAGCUGCUGUACCUGGUCCAGAAGAAGAACAACCUGAUGAGCGAGGAGUCGGACCUCAUGAUCGCGGUGCAGGAACUGAAGCUGGAGGAGCAGCAGUGUCAGCUUGACGAGAAGCUCCGGAGUUACAUGAACAAGGAGGAUGCCCUGAAGACACCUGAGGAUGAGAAGGCUGAGCAGGAGACCCUGAAGCAGCUGGUGGAGGUGGUGAACAAGCGGAAUGUCCUCAUCCAGCUGCAGGAGGAGAAGCGGCUCAGCGAGCUGCGGGCUUGACCUGCACGGCCCCGGGGCCACCAGGUCCUCCCUGGGGACCAGCAGAGUGUGAGUGAGUGAGUCCUGGGCUGAGCACCACCCUGAGCUACCUCUGGAGGUGGCAAUGCCCCAGGUGCCAGCAGCUGCCACAGCAAAUCCAGCUCCCUGCUUGCCAAAUCUGUCGCGGAGGGGCCAGACCCGCUGGUGGAUGCCCACGUGAGGAGACGCCAAGAAGCACUCAGCCCACUUGGGGUGCAUCCUGUGCAUGGCUGGAGUGCCUUUGCCUUGUGCUGCCUGGAAAACAAGACUGGCAGGGGACUGCAAAAGGGGGCUGUGGUGGCUCCCAGCAGCAAGGAGGGACUGGCCACCAGAGGCAGGCCCGUAUGUGCAGGGGCACCUUCAGGAAUGGUCCCUCAAAGCCACCCUGGGACAUCCUUCCCAGCUGAGGGCAUCAUGCCAGUCUGGACUGUCCAUCUCAAGGGACAUCUGGCUGUACAAGUUGGGGCCACUGACAGACAGACUGGGCUGGUCCAGCUGCUCUGCACCACUGCUUUUGGAUGCCACAUCCACGCUGUCCCCAGCUGCUGCAGGAAACCAGGGUCAGAACCCUACCAGGGAAGGGCUUUUUGUCCAGGAGCUCCUAUGGGAAUUGUGCUCAGGACAAGGACAAGGGACACCAGUGGCUGUGCCCUGCUUGCCCCUUUGGGAUUUCUUCUGCUUGGCAAUGCCACCCUGGCCUCAGAUGCCCCUGGAGUCCCUGGCUGUUGCCUCUGUGGCCAAAUGGUGCUCAUGGCACCCCAGAUGUGUUGGGAUGGGGGUUCCAGGCGUAGGUUCCUC